AAAAAUGUACAUAUAAAAAAAUAAUAAUAAAUAAACAAGAACAUAAACAAAGAUAUCCAAGAUGAAAAGUCAACUUUUUUUAUUGAUAGGCUAAUCCAAUAUGGCGGCUUGAUAUUUCUGGUUAGUCAACUAUAAAAGAAUAUUACAUAUCCACACUCUAGAUUCAUGUGACGUUCGUUUGUGGCGGGCUAACAAUGACAACUAUAAAUAUCAAAAGAUCAAAAACUAUUUCUCCUAUACCCACAAGCCAUGGAAAUAACUAGAGUUUUUUAUGUUGUAGUAGCAAUAUUCUUGUUUUGUAUAUGGAGAAUUUUGAAUUGGGUAUGGUUUAAACCAAAGAAGAUGGAGAAGUUUCUAAGAGAUCAAGGCCUCAAAGGUAGCCCUUAUAGAUUCAUGUACGGAGAUUUGAAAGAGAUGGCACGAAUGACGAGUGAAGCCAAAUCUAAACCCAUGAAUCUAACACACGAUAUUGCUCCUCGUGUCUUGCCUUUCUUCCAUCAAUCCCGCACCACCUUUGGGAAGAAUUGUUUUACAUGGAUAGGAACAAAGCCUAUACUACAUGUAUAUGAACCAUCUAUGAUAAGAGAGCUCCUGACCAAUUAUAAUAAAUUUCAAAAGCCAAGAGGGGGUAAUCCAUUAACAAAGUUGCUAGUUAGAGGAUUACUCGAUGCUGAGGGUGAUAGGUGGGUUAAACAUAGAAAAAUUAUCAAACCUACAUUCCAAAUGGAGAAGCUCAAGUUUAUGGUGCCCGCCUUCUAUACGAGUUGCAAAGAGAUGAUUGAAAAAUGGGAAAACGAGUUAAACACCAAAAGCUCAUGUGAAGUUGAUGUGUGGCCUUAUCUUCAAACUUUUACAAGUGACGUAAUUUCACGUACAGCGUUUGGUAGUAGUUUUGUAGAAGGAAGAAAGAUAUUUGAACUUCAAAGAGAACAAUCACAGCUAAUUGGAAAGGCUUUAAGUUCGGUUUACAUUCCAGGAUCAAGCUUUUUGCCGACGAAAAACAAUAAGAGGAUGAAAGAGAUUCACCAACAAGUGAGGGGUUUAAUAAUGAGCAUAAUCAAUAAGCGAGUUGUUGCGAUGAAAGUCGGGGAAACUUUCCAUGAUGACCUUUUGGGCAUACUUUUGGACUCCAAUGACAAAGAAAUUGAACAGCAAGGGAAUAAAAUUUACGGAUUAAGCAUUGAUGAAGUCAUCGAAGAAUGCAAACUCUUCUAUUUUGCAGGGCAAGAGACCACAGGAAAUAUGCUUGUUUGGACUAUGAUUUUAUUAGGACAACAUUUAGAAUGGCAGACACAUGCAAGAGAGGAAGUUUUACAUCUAUUUGGUAAUAAAAAACCAGAUAUUGAUGGAUUGAGUCAUUUGAAAGUUAUGAACAUGAUCUUCAAUGAGGUUCUUAGACUAUAUUCGCCAAUUGUGCAGCUUAGACGACUAAUACAUGAAGAAACCAAACUAGGUAACUUAACCUUACCAGCUGGAACCUUUGUCCAACUAAACUCGUUGAUUUUGCACCACGACAAAGAUAUGUGGGGUGAAGAUGUGCAUGAGUUUAAGCCUGAAAGAUUUUCCGAAGGCAUAUCAAAGGUUACUAAGGGACAGGCCGCAUACGUCCCAUUUGGUGGCGGCCCACGUAUAUGCAUUGGUCAAAAUUUUGCUUUACUUGAAGCGAAAAUGGCCCUUGCAAUGAUUCUACAGCAUUUUUCUUUUGAGCUAUCUCCAUCCUACUCGCAUGCUCCGCACACUAUGCUAACUCUACAACCUCAAUUUGGCGCUCAUUUGAUUCUACACAAUUUAUCACAUAUUGUAGUUUAAUUUAAUAUAUAUAUAUACACACACACCCCAAACUCUUUAGUUGCAACAUAUGUAGAUUUGUAUCAUCAUGUUCUAGUUCUUAUUAAUCUUUCCUAAGUUGUGUUGGUCGACCAAGAACAUAAUUAUUUCAGAGAAAUUUAAAAGAUCAACAAUUAUAUUC